AUGCCUAACAACUACAACAUCACCAUCAAGAACAAGUCUGGUAGUCUCCAGCAGUAUGCCCUCUUCAACAAGGUCCCCAUCGUGUCAGGUAGAGUCCAAGAGCAGGUCUGGUCCAACAUCUUCGCCGUCGACAAGGCCGCCAACAAACAGGAGAUCCUCUUCGAACUGGUCAACGAGUACAACGCCAUUGUUGGCAAGAAGAAGGCCAACGCUAGCGGCAGCGUCACCAUUACCGUCACCGGCACUGAGCCCGUUACCCUCGGUUAUACCGAGCCCACCGGCCAGCCGGUCCCGGGAACUAGCUUGAGCAUGCUUGUCGCCGACGACACUCCCCAGUUUUCCACCGAUGCUCUCCCCAACGCAAGCUUUCCUAACGCCUAUGAGAUCCGCACCGGCAACUUCAGCAAUGCUGAAGCCAAGGCUGAGGGAUACAUGAUUGGUCUGGGUGCCAAGGGCGGCUCCGACGGUCCCGCUGCUACCUUCGUUCCCGAAGCCCAGACGAGCUACCAGAUCCAACCGGUCAACACCUACUACGUUGCCGUUGGCGACUUCAAGAAGGGACAGCUCAUUGACGUCACCAAAAUCGGAGGAGUCUGCCUCAUUGACUUCACCAAGCUCCCCAAGAAUGUUGUCGUUGUCCACGACGACCACGGUAACCUCACCGUCCAGAUUGGUGCUUAA